UCAAUAUAAAGUGACGGCCAUAUUUGCCGGGUGCCGUUGCUGUAAACAAAAAGUGAGAGACAGACGCUUCACCGAAUUUCGGGUCAAAUUUAUUUCUUUAAUUUACUAUGUCUCUGGGAAUGUCUUACAAACCCAAUGUCCACCAGCACAUUCCAGGAACUUCCGGGAACCAGGUUGGAAACAUCAAAGGAAACAUCCAGUCUCCGUCUGCAGCCAACUUGGCCACUUUGCAGUCCUACAGGCCGCUGGUGAAUGACGUUUACGCACCGCCCUCCUUGGGCUUCUCACAGGGAUCCAGUGGCAGCCAGGUGCCCCAGAGUAAGUAUUCAGAGCUGCUGGCCAUCAUCGAGGAGCUGGGGAAGGAGAUCCGGCCCACCUACGCCGGCAGCAAGAGCGCAAUGGAGAGACUAAAACGAGGUAUCAUCCAUGCCAGGGGACUGGUGCGGGAGUGCUUGGCAGAGACUGAGAGAAAUGCCAGGUCCUAGCUACAGAAAUAUUACCCUCUCCUGCAGAAGAACCAACACCCAACACUCUCACUCACCAUGUAAAAGACUGCUGCAUGGCACAUCCUCUAAAAAUAGGAAUACAAAUAAAAAACAAGGGAUGGUUAAAAAGGUCAAGAAAAUGCUUCUGAAAGGUUAAGAUUUGAGAAAGGGAGGGAGAGGGGACACCAGAAUAGAAAUCAGAAUGAGAAGGAUUUGGUUUUUCUUCAUGCCCCAUUUUGGGGUCACAGUUUCCUGUCUUCAUAUUUAUAACAAACAGUGAUUUUUGCAUGCAAAUGUACAGGUCAACCAUGGCCUUUAUUUAAUUGUAGACAUUGCAUGGCUUGUACAGGGUUAGACUAGGAGAUUAACUCUUUUUGAUAGACUUUGGUCUGAAUUCCAGAUCCUUUUAACACAUGGGUGAGCAAGUGAAGGACAUAAAAGUGCCAAAUACGUUGGUUUAUUCAUGUUGAGUUUCUUUUUUGAUAUUAAUGAUAAAUGCUCUUACUUAUGUAGGAGUUAAGAACAUGCCGUAAACUCACUCCACAGCUAGCUGGAAUUGUCGCCGAUGGAGCCAUCCAAGGUGUACCUUUUUGUAUGGCUCAAUAAUCGGUUUGCACGUUUACAAGGAGGGCGGUCACGUGCGUUGAGAAGCAGAAGGAUCACUGGUUCUAGCCCAGUAUGGGGCAGUCGGACAGUGGAGGAAGCUAAACUGUUAGCAGCACACUGACCUCUGUUACACUUGCAUCUUUGUAUGUAUUUAUUACUCAGUGUAAUAAAAUGUAUUUUCAAUACAAA